CGUUGGUCACAUUGGACUCGUUUUUGUGUUUAUCCGCCCGUCGGGAGGUUUCAAGCUUCCGCCAACAAAACUCUUGGAAUUCGCGUAUUUCAGCUUGAAGUCGAGCGAUUGUUUUGCUUUCCAAAGUAUUUACUCUCUUUCGUGGCGCGUCGAUACAUUUUCGUUUUGAUUAUUUUUUUUACCUGUGAUAGAGUAACAACCUACAGUUCAAUUGAGAAAUACUCGUAUAUUAUUGAGCCACAUAAACGUUCGGCAUAGUUUUCACCGUUCCCCCCCGCAGGGGUAAGUGCGUGGUGCCGAUUGCAAAUAGUGCAAUUUUCGUGCACUUUCCCGACUGAAUGGGCGCGCGCUCGAAUAUCCGGAAUUUGACCGCUUAAUGUGCGUGUGUAUCAACGGUGAUCGUUAUCAGCUGGUUUGUGGUGUUUUGACUGGAAGAUUAGCGCCAAUCGCCAGGUGUAGACUUCAGCGUAGGAUCCUGCUGGGUGAAAGAGCUGCGAGGAAGCAGGGGACCACUGCUGAAGAAAGUGUUUGAUCGCCGCUGCUGUGAAAAAGUGAAAGUUACUCAAAAAAGAAAUACCACACUAGAGGAGCUAACUGCAGAGUUAGAAGGCGAUCGAAGAAGUGAUCUUGUGACAGAAAAUCUGAAGAAUGCUAUUAUUAUCAACGCCGAAUUGGGGUCUAAACAAUUACCAGUCGAGUCCAAAGUGAUCGUUUAACAAUUUGCUCAGUCGAUGGGUGUAAAACGUGAGGUGGAAUAAUAAUUUUAGUGUUUACCAGAGGCAUCGAGGGAAGACGAAUAAUAGCAGUGCCAGUGUAGCUGAGGGUCAUCUGUGUAACAACAAUUUGACCGUUUUUUGUCUCACAAUACAAGGGUCACUGUCGAAGUUUGAAGGCGAUUGGCUCAUGGGUGUUUGUAUGUGUGAAAAUGUAUGAGAUGCCAUCCGGAGGAAUCUCCAUUCCAACACGCGGCAAAGAUGCAGCGGCUUAAUAUUACCAUAAUAAUCUGUGAUAAUUAGCAGUUUUUUUUUCUUUGUCCAUCCGUGAUAUGACAACUUGUUUGUUAACAAACAAUCUUUACUAUUUUUAUACAAACGUCACUCCAAAUCCUGAGCAGUUAUCAUCGUGGAAGCUUUUAGUGGCAAUAGAAUCAACAUUUAAUAGUUCACGACCUAAAUCCGUUCCCCAAACGAGAGAUCAGGGCAAAACAACGGCGCCAUGAAACUGUCCAAACAUGUCGACUGGCUGCAGAUACGAGCUCUACUCAGGAAGGAUUAUUUGGUGCGAAUACGGCAGCCUUGGAUGACCUUGAUCCAGUACAUGUGGCCAUGCGUGAUCUUCCUAUCACUGUACGUACUGCGCGAUCGAUUCCAAUCGGUUCAAAUCCCCGAGUGUCAGUUCCCAACCCGGCAGCUGCAAAACAAUGGCAUUCUGCCGUUCUUCCAGUCCUAUAUCUGUACGAUUGAGAACGCAUGCAGCGAUCCCAAACGAUUUGAAGAAACGACCGACUUCGAAGUAGCGCCGGUCACUCCUUUGCUCAAUAUAGUUCAAAUUUUCCUGGACACUCCCGAACUGUACGAUGCGGUGAUAAAACUUCCACUGGAUAGAAAUUUCAUUGGAACGGUCACCUCAAUCGUCACACAUGGUCGAUUCAAGGAGAUUGAAAGUAACGCCGAUAAGCUGGUCCGAAUGGUUCCCGAAAUACAGCAGAUGGUCGGUAGCAAUUUCGACAUCGAGAAGCUGUUCGCAGAUGAUCGAGUGUUUUCGAACUCCGGGAAGAUACUGUGCGGCAAACCAUUUCCACGCAGUGACAACAUUCGGUUCAUCGAUAACAUUCUGUAUACACAAGAUUUCAACGGAGCGGAUCCGGACGAGCUGGCAGUGAUGCCAACCGCAUACUGUAAGCAGCUGUAUCGCGAUGUGACCAACACAAACAACGGAAAAAUUACCUGGAAGCAGUUGAAGCCAAUCCUGCAGGGCAAGAUUCUUUAUGGUCCACCGAGCGAUAGAAAUGAUGAGAUUAUCAAGUUUGCUAACCAAACAUUCGUUGAUAUGGGACGCCUCCAAAGCUUCUUCAAGGCGUUGAACACGACGGUUGGUUUGCUGCACACAAAUGACUCGUUCCGGGAAAGUUUUGAGGCCCUCAUCGAGCUGGCUAAAUCUCCAAUCGUACAGAUGAUUGCCGGUGGCAACGUUAACAUCGAUCUGAUCGAAUCAAUGCUGAAUGGAAUUCUGAACGACGAAACCGUAGCGAAGACACUCGGAACGAUCGCUAGCAUAUUCGAUUGUUUCUCGACGGAUCGGUUUGUCGAGGUCAAAACGGAAGGGGCGCUGGAGGACGAAGCCUUCAAGUUGAACCAGAAAAAGUUGUUCUUCGCUGGGAUAUUCUUUGAAAAUAGUACCCGCACGAAUGAUAUUCUGUACAAAAUUCGAAUGCGAAUUGAUGACACCCCGGUGACGGUGGAAAACCGGAAUCGGUUCUGGUUUCCUGGACCGGAUGCAAGUUUCGAGCUCGACAUGCGAUACCACAGGGGUUUCAUUCAAAUUCAGCAUGCCGUUGAUAUGGGAAUCAUCAAGACUUUGAAGCAGAAAAUGAGCAAAGUCGAAAAGGAGGCGGUUAGAGGUCCAUCUAGUGGGCAGAAAGAGUUGACACUAGGCGAUGAUUUGGACGAUGGUGAGGAAAACAGAACAACAACCGUCACUCCAACAACUGCGGAAUUGGAUGCAUUAUAUUCGAAUCUUGGCAUGAAAAUUAACAUUUCAAAAUCGGAUGUUGAAAGAUUUAACAACAAAUCAACAAUUGAUGAUUAUCUGAAUUUCGAUGAAGAUGACGAUGAUGAUGACGACGAGGAUGAUAUAGACGGAGAACUAUCCCUAGAUGGGGACGAUGAAUUGACCACAACCAUGACACCUAGUCGUCGCAAACGAGCACCACAAUUCAGUUUUCUUGAUUUAUUCCUAGGCGGAGGGCGACCAAAGAGUGAGGAAAUCAGCUACAAUGUUGCCAAAGAGAAGUUCUAUACCAAACAGUUUCCAUAUCCUGAAUACACGAGGGACGACUUCAAGAAAGGCCUCUACCUCGCACAAUCGAUACAGAUGAGUUUUUUCAUUGCGCUGAUCGUGCAGGUAUCUUCCUCAGUUCGACACAAAAUAUGGAUGAAAGAAAGUGGGAACAUAAUGCUAAUGCGCUCCAUGGGUCUCAAAGCCAAUUCGGACUCAAUCUCCUGGGCUGUGACUACUCUGGUCGAGUUAUGCAUCAUCUUCGUGCUGGUGCUGGCCAUCUUGUAUGGCGGUGGAAUACUUAUACAUUCCAGCAAAAUGUUCCUGUUUACGUAUUUGUUGGUGUUCGGGAUUUGUCUGAUUGCGUUUUGCUACAUGUGCUCGAUGUUCUUCGCAUCCGCUAGUAUUGGAUCGGUAUCUACGGUUAUUCUAUUUCUAGCCACAUUCCUACCCUAUAUAAUAAUCAUUUCACUCGGGGCCGUCCUGAGUUUCGGAUCCAAAGUUGUUGCGAGCUUAUCAUUCUCAACCGCAUUCUGCUAUGCCUGGCGGCAUCUUAUGCGCAUGGAGCUGCAGCAUCGGACGCCAGAUUUCACCUCCGCUUUUGGUGGCUCGAUCGAGGAUAAUGACCUCAUGUUCGGGAUUGUAAUGAUGUUGCUGGAUGCCAUAAUAUAUUUCCUAGUCGGAUUGAUUUACGAAAAAUUAACAAAUGAGGAUACAACCUUUUACCAGGUCAACCGAAUAAAGCUGGACAAAAGCAUCGGAGCUGAGCUGCGGAACGUGGACGUGAUCUACGAAAACAACAAAAAGGCAUUGGACGAUGUAACGAUAGCAUUCAAACGAGACGAGGUCACUUGUCUUCUCGGACGUAACGGUGCUGGGAAGAGUACAAUUAUAAAACUGCUGACAGGUCAAAUUCGGCCAGUGGUUGGUGACGUUCAUUUGCCCCUGGAUUACGAUCUCAUAUCAGGUCUAAGGAACAACGCCGAGAAGAUCGGAUUGUGCUCACAGCAAAACGUUCUCAUUCCCAAGCUCACGGCAAAAGAACACCUACAGUUGUAUGCGAGGAUCAAAUUGACCAAGGGCUUCGAUACCGAGAUCCAAAGAACUCUGGAUAAUCUCAAAAUGGGUAAAUACAAACACUACCGAGCUUCGGAACUGUCCGGUGGAUUCAAGCGAAGGCUUUGCAUAGCAAUCGCCUUCCUCGGUUCGCCAAACCUCGUGAUUCUCGACGAACCGUGCAGCAGUGUCGACACGAAAGCCAGGAAGUACAUUUGGGAGUUGAUUCAGACCCUUCGCAAAGAGCGGGCGGUGAUCCUGGCGACACACCACCUGGACGAAGCGGAAUCCCUGAGCGACAAGGUCGUCAUCUUGGAAGAUGGGAAAGCGAUUUUAGAACAAAGCCAGGAAGAAUUGAAAAAUCGUUUCACAAACACCUUAUACGUGGACAUCACUUUGAAGGGUCUUUCGGAAACCGAUAGGACGAAUGUAAUUUCUGAGCUAGACAAGUGUUUGAGUCAGCAAACCUCCGUGAAGUACGACGUGUCGAAGCUUGCGAGGAAUAAACUGCUGUACAAACUUACAUACGCCGAAGUAGAUCCAUCCGAAAUAGACCUUCAACCUCUUUUUGAUCAACUAAAUCGCUUCCAGGAGAAGACUUUGAUUUUACACUAUGACAUAAAGAAUGAAAAUUUAUUGAACAUCUUCAACACCCUAAACAAUCGAGAGAAAUUAACAACCGAACUGAGUGAACCAGAAAUUGUAACAGAUAAUGGAUUCCACGGAACAAAGCCUACCAAAAACAAACAAAGCACAUUCCAAAUAAUAACCAGUCUUCUCAGCAAACGUUUCCUACACUUUCGACGCAACUAUAGACUUCUGAUUUGUCUGCUAGUGCUUCCAACGCUGUUCCAGAUCGUCGCCAUGUUUUUCAUGACCAUUCGCCCGCCCGGUGAGCACGACAAGGCACUCGAGUUCUCCACCGAUCUCUACAAAGGAUCGACCGAAUUCUACACCAAACCGGGCAGUGGAAGCGUUUUUCAGACCGAAAUUGAUUCCAAUUUGUUGUCACGUUGUCUGGAUAGGGAGUGUUUCCUGUUCAAUAGCUCGGAGGAUGCUUUCCGUUGGGUUCUAGAAACCAGCCGAGAUUUUGCCGAGCAACGGUAUGGCGGACUGACAGCACGCAAAGAAAAGCAUUUCAUUUGGUAUAACAACAAGGGCUAUCAUUCGAUGCCGGUGUGGUUAAAUAUGCUGGAUUCGGCUAUCUUGAAGGCGGAGUUGGAGAACACAAACUACAGCAUUCGUACCAUCAAUCACCCGCUGAGGAUCGAGGAAGACGAGCUCACAAUUUCAUCGAUUCUUCAGAAGGUAGCGGACGCUGGAAUUUCGCUGAUUAUUCUACUAGCCUUCAGCUUAGUUCUGGCAGGCGGAUCUGUUUACAUUGUGAACGAGCGAGUUCGUGGAGAAAAAAUGCAGCAGAAACUAGCCGGUGUGAAGUUUAAACACUACUGGGGAGUUUCCUUACUGUGGGAUGCUAUGGUAUUCCUGAUUGCUCUCGCGCUCGCAGUGAUAGUCUUCCAGAUCUUCGCCAUUCCAGCCUAUGUGGACAAAGACCAACUAAGUGGAAUCUGUCUGCUGUUGGUGUUUUACGGAUUUGCAUCCAUACCCGCAGUUCAUUUGUUCGAGAAGUGGUUCAACGAUGCAAGCUUCGCAAAUAUGUCGCUAUUCUGUCUGAACGUUAUAAUCGCCCUUUGUACACUUACCAUCAUCAUCCUGUUCGAUAUCCUGGGGGAAACGGACACGUCGGAACAUUUCAGAAAUUUCCUGAACCGAGCUUUCCUAGUUUUCCCGCAACACGCUCUCGCCGAUGGCUUGAUCGAGCUAUCGAAGAAUUACAUCCAAGCGGAGAUCUUCAAGCGGUACUACAUCAAUACGUACAAGUCGCCCCUUACCAUACUAGAGCCUCAUUUUAUCGCUCUGGUCGUCAUGGGCAUUGUAUUCAUCGUGUUGAAUCACUUUGCUGAAAAGAAAGUUCUCGAAAAACUAUUCCUGCUGGCGGAAUCACCCGACACCCCAGUUUACGAGCUAGACACAGUCCACUCCGAUGGAGUUUUGAUGAACGGCAACGGGAAGAAGAAAUCACUAACUGCGGGUCAGAUUCUGUCGGUGGAUCACCUUACGAAAAGAUAUCGACAUGGCGAGCCGGUUGUUAACGACGUAUCGUUUAAAAUACAUUACGGCGAAUGUUUCGGACUGUUGGGAACGAAUGGAGCUGGAAAAUCUACUAUUUUUGCCAUACUUGCAGGAGAGCAGCUGCAGAGUGGCGGAAGCUUCUGCUUCUUCUCCCCGAAUGGUCUGGCAUAUUGCCCGCAAAAUAAUUUCCUGGAUCCGCUGCUCACAGUUGAGGAAGUAAUUAGAUUCUAUGGGAAAUUGCGAAAUAUUGAAAACAUAGAUAAGCUUGUGGAAGAAACCAUCCGAGAGUACCAUCUGGAGCCGUACAAACACAUUUUGGUGAAGAAUCUCAGCGGAGGCAAUCGGCGCAAGCUUUGUGUUGCCGUUGCCUGUUUCGGUAACACCGAUAUUAUUCUGAUGGAUGAACCUACCAGCGACAUGGACCCGGUGACGCGAGCCAUCGUGUAUCGGACAAUCGAGAGAUUGAACAGCCAGAACCGUUCGAUACUUCUUACAUCGCACAGCAUUGCAGAAAUCAAUCAUAUCUGCCAGCGGAUUGGUAUCCUUAAGGAUGGUACCCUACUCACGAUAGAUACGCCGGAAAAUCUGUCCGAACGAUAUGGCAAUAAUUAUCUGGUGACAAUUUACCUAGAAGAGAAUCGUGAGGUGGAUCUGAUUAGGACUAUCAAGCGAGAGUUCAACGUUAGUCAGGAGUUUGUACACAACAAAAAUUCUCUGCAGUUCGUUUGCAAAAUUCGUCCGGAACGGGAGCAUGUAGGCAUCGAAAAGUUGCACAAAAACAGCCAGGUUACGAUUAACCUCAACAACAACACCAUAGACUCCAGCCUAGCGCUGGUCAGUAGUAUAAGUGCCCUAGUGGUUAAGCUACAUAAGUUUGCUCAAAACAAUAGGUUACGGUACACGGUAGCACGCUGUUUAUUGGAUCAGGUAUUCGAGAACGUCCUACAGAAUCAUGAAGAGGAGCAUUCAAACCAGGGGUUUGCCGAAAACUGAAACGAUGCCGUCCACACAAUCCAUUCUCUAGUUACUUAAUUUUAAAUUGGUUUAAGAAUAAAACUAUGGAUCUACACAAUUAAAACCAAAUCUUUGAGGCUAAAUAAUUUUCGA